AUGGAGGAUCCAAACAAUGUGACUGAAUUCAUUCUUUUGGGAAUUACCACAAAUCCUGAGCUGAGAAAAAUCUUCUGUGUUGUGUUUCUGAUCAUGUAUGUGGCUACAGUGUUGGGGAAUGUGCUCAUCCUGGUGACAGUCGCCUCAAGUCAGAGCCUCAGGUCACCGAUGUACUUCUUUCUUGCUUUCUUGGCCCUCAUGGAUGUCACCUACUCUUCUGUCAUUGCCCCCAAGAUGGUCGUGGAUUCCCUGUCUGAGAGCACGACCAUCUCCCUUGCAGGUUGCAUGACCCAGCUCUUUGCAGAGCACUUCUUUGGUGGCGUGGCGAUCAUCCUUCUCAUCGUGAUGGCCUAUGACCGCUACGUGGCCAUCUGUAAGCCCCUGCACUACACAACCACCAUGAGUCCUCGAGUGUGCUACUUUAUGGUGGGAGGGGCUUGGGUGGGGGGAUCCAUGCAUGCUACAAUACAGCUUCUUUUCAUGUAUCAGAUACCUUUUUGUGGUUCCAAUAUAAUUGAUCACUUUAUGUGUGAUUUAUUCCCAUUGUUAAAACUGGCCUGCACAGACACUCACGUCCUUGGCCUCUUAGUCAUCCUCAACAGCGGGAUGAUGUGUGUGAGUAUCUUCCUCAUUCUCCUUAUCUCCUAUGCAUUCAUCCUCUGCUCCCUGAAGUCUUGCAGCUCAGAAGGCCGGCGCAAAGCCUUCUCCACCUGUGGCUCCCACCUCAUGGUGGUUGUGUUGUUCUUUGUGCCCUGCAUUUUCCUGUACAUGAGGCCCGUGGUCACUUACCCCAUAGACAAGGUGAUGGCUGUGUGUUUUACUGUUGUUGAACCCAUGUUAAACCCUUUGAUCUACACCUUGAGGAAUGCAGAAGUGAGAAAAGCCAUGAAGAAAUUGUGGUUGGACAAAGGCCACUGA